CCAAGGAAGGGCGUGGCCGGCCAGGUAUUGCUAUAUAACCUCCGCCGACUCAUCUGCCGGUCAUCACUCUGCCACAGUCACCCUCCCAGACACCGCCAAGACUCCGCCAUGAAGCUCCUGGUGCUGCUCGCCGCGGCCGCCGUCUGUGCAGGCGCCCCACAAAUGCUGCAGCCGCUGCCGUACAUCCCCAGCCCCGCCAUCGUCUACUCCAGCUCCUUCACGCCCGCCGUCACCAAGAUCCAGAAGCCAGGCGUCCAGCUGCACUUCCCCGCCAACGUCAGGUUCGUGGCGCCCGCACCAGUGGCCCAGCCCGUGGUUCAGGCGGUCCCUCACCCUGUCCAGUACCAGGCUCCAGCUGUUGCUGUUGCCCCUGCCCCCGUGGUGGUGGCGGCUGCCCCUGAACCACUCAACGCUCCAGAGCCCCCGAUGCCCUCCGUGGGCGUGCCCUUCGUGGGCGGUCAGUUCCACGCUCAGGAUGAGCUCAAGCAGUAUUCCUUCGGUCACUUUGGCGGCCCCAACACCCGCGUAGAGACCAGAGACGCCCUGGGCCGCACCAAGGGAAGUUUCGCCUACGUCAGCCCCAAGGGAGACGUGGACGUGAGGAAGUACGCGGCGGCUCCCGGCAUGGGCUUCAAGGUGGCUGCCUCAGACCUGCCCGACGACACGCCCGAAGUGGCCAGUCUCAAGGCCCUCCACGAGAAGAGUUUCCGCACCAUCAAGGAAAUGAUCACGGGAGCCAAGGCGUAACCGUCACUCCGCCCUUUACAUGCCUGUCGCCGCCGCUCAAGAGACGCGCGGGCUGGGAACACUCGUGGUUCCCUUCUCGCUGUGAUCUCACUGUACAGGGAACGCGCGCAUGAAGGAAGCACCGCGACACAGUCCAGCACAACGCAGUGGUGUGUGCGUGGCACCAACAUGCACACCAUCGACGACAAGAAAAACAACAACAACAACAACAACAACUACUUCUGUUCGCUCGUCUCCUCGUUCGUCAUGGAACGAAAGCCAAGAGACGGUGAUGAAUCAAAACUGUAAUUAUUAACACAAAUAAUUAUUUACUUAAUAAAUAUUGUCUAUA